UGUAUGUUGGUUCUGGCGGGCUCUUUUGCCGCUCUCAACGCCAUUUUCUGCUCAUGGCGUCUCCCCCGAUCUGGAUGACGGAUCCGAACUCCCUCAAGAUCGCUAUAGCCAUUUCCCUCUUCCGCCUCAAGAAUCUCCAUCCACAAGCUUCUUCCUCCGCCGAAUCUGACGCCCAGCGAUGGAAAAAGAAGGCGAAGGAGAGGAAGCUGGAGAUCCUUAAGCUAAGAGAGGAGAUCAAGCUUCUGGAAGAUGGAAGAGAGUCAGAAGUUGUCCCUGAGAUCGCUUCCUGCAGGUGCCAUUUCUUUGAUGGAUGCGGCGAUUUUAAGGUGGAUGGUCGAGACCACUGGAUCAAUGAAGUGCUACGGAGGAGGUUCGUUAGACUUGUUAGAUGGAAGGGAUGGAAGAAAAAUGUGGAUGGUGGAUCUGUCAGGCGGAGGCUCUUUUCUGACAUCGAUGACGAAAAUGAAAUUGAGCGGCUCAGUACAUCGAUUGACUUCUUGGUUCAGUUUGCUGAUGGGAUAUCAGUGAAAGGGAGAAGCGACUCUUCCUUUUCCGCAAUUUUCCAUCAAGCAGUAAAUUUUAUUUUAGCUUCACUGAAGAACUUAUUGUCAUCACAAAAGGGCCUUGAACUUCUUGAAGAUAUUGUCAAUGGAUUAAUUUUGCGCCUGACAGUAAGGAUGUGUACCGAUACAGAAUGUGAUGAACCUUCAGUUGGUAACUCGGACGUUCAAUCUUUGGUACAACACUUACUGAGAAAGCUUGGAACUAUUGCAUUUGUUGGUCAGCAUGCAAUGCUUUUAAUAUCUCAGAAGAUUUCAGCCGCUGCAGAGAGGAUGCUUUUCAUGGACCCAUUUGAUGAAGCUUUCCCUAACAUGCAUUGCAGCAUCUUCUUAAUGAUACAGCUGAUGGAGUUCCUUGUAUCAGACAAUUUUCAAAUCUGGACAAAUGAUGAAGAUUUUGACUAUCAUUUGCUUGAAGAAUGGGUGAGAUCAAUCUUACAAACCCAAAAGGGAUUAAAACUCCUGGAAUCAAGGAAUGUUUUAUACACACUUUACAUGGAGCGAUUAGUUGGGGAGUUGGUGAAAUUGGUGGGCUCACUUGUUUCCCAUGGCAAGUUUGAUUCAGAACUUUUAGCUGGCCUUCUCAGGUGGAAUCCUCCCUAAAUCAUAGUUUUAAUUCUUUCCACUAUAGAAUUGAUCUCAAGCAACUUUUCCACUAACUAUGGAGAAAUUUAAUCAGGAUGAGUUUUAUACGCUUGAAUUUAUUGUGGACAUCAAUGUGAUUCAUAAUUAGUCAAUUAAGCUUUGUAUUGCACUCAUCUCAAAAU